UAGAAGGGGAGGGGUGGGAGGGCAUAAAUACUCUCUGCAAGGGAGUCCUAAACACAUUACACACUAAAGGUACAUGUGAUAUCGUCACUGUCAGAGGUCAGGAAAUGAGCAGCAGGAAAAAAAAGAUGACAGCCCUGGAAGCUCUGGAACUUCUUGUUGAUCAUGACAGUGAAAUAGAAGAGGAGGUUUCUGAAGCUGAAGACAGUAUUGAGGUCAAUUCUGAGUCUGAUGAUUCUGAUUAUGAAGCAAUUGAUGAAAAUGAUGUUCAUGUCUCUCGAAGCAAGACAUUCAUGUCAAAAAAUGGUGAAAUUCAGUGGUCUUCAUCUCCAACUAAGCACCUCGGAAAACAGUGUGCAGAAAAUAUAAUAAAGACAGUGCCAGGGCCGACUAGGAUGGCAGUAACUCGAGUCACAGAUAUCAAGUCGGUCUUUGAGCUAUUCAUGCCUAAUGCAAUACAAAAAAUCAUUCUUCAAAUGACAAAUCUAGAAGGAAGGCGAGUUUUUGGAGAGAACUGGAAAGAGCUGGACAAAAUGCAUUUACAUGCAUAUUUGGGGGUCCUCAUUCUGUCUGGAGUUUUCAAGUCAAAGGAUGAAUCAACAGCCAGUCUAUGGGAUACAGAGACAGGCAGGGCAAUAUUUCGGGCCACAAUGUCUCUGGAGACUUUUCAUAUUUUUUCCAGAGUAAUCCGAUUUGACAAUCGAGAGACAAGAACUGCCAGACAGGAAACAGACAAACUAGCAGCUAUUAGGACAGUGUGGGACAAGUGGGUUGAGCAUCUUCCUCUGUUCUAUAACCCAGGCCCUAAUGUCACAGUGGAUGAAAGACUUGUGGAAUUCAGAGGUCGCUGCUCAUUUAGGCAAUAUAUGCCUUCCAAGCCAGCUAAAUAUGGCAUAAAAAUCUGGGCAGCAUGUGAUGCAAAAACCAGCUAUGUUUUGAACAUGCAGGUUUACACUGGAAAGCCAGCUGGAGGAGCCCCAGAAAAAAAUCAAGGUACCAGGGUUGUGCUCGACAUGUCAAAUGGUCUCAGGGGGCACAACAUAACCUGUGACAAUUUUUUCACAAGCUAUAACUUGGGUCAAGAACUUCUAAAAAGAAAGCUCACGAUGGUUGGGACAGUCCGAAAGAACAGAGCUGAACUCCCCGCUGAGCUACUGGUGACAAAGAACAGGGACCCUCACUCAUCCAUGUUUGCCUUUACAGACAAUACAGCCCUGGUGUCAUAUUGCCCUAAAAAGGGGAAAAAUGUUGUGCUCAUGAGCACUUUGCAUAAAAAUGCUGAAAUCAGCACACGAGAGGACCAUAAACCAACUAUGAUCCUUGACUACAAUGCUACCAAAGGCGGGGUGGACAAUCUGGACAAGGUCACAGGAUCAUACAGCACCAAGAGAAUGACUGCACGCUGGCCACUGGUCAUCUUUUACAACAUCAUUGAUGUAUCAGCAUACAACGCAUUUGUCAUUUGGACAGAAAUCUUUCCGGAGUGGAAUGUGUCAAAGCUGUACAAGAGACGCAUUUUCUUAGAAGAGCUGGGCAAGGCACUUGUAGUACCACAUAUACAACGAAGACACCAUAUGCCAAGGACCCCAGCUACUGCAGCUGUAAAGGAGAUCCAGGAGAGGACUACACCCAGUACAUCAGUGUGUGAGGUAAGUAAAAGUGUGUGUUUGUGUUUGUGCAAGUGCAUGUUAUGUGUGUCUUAGGAGCAUCAAAAAAUAUAGUAACCAUUUUAUUCUUCUUUCUAGGUUGCUACUGGAGGAAAAAAGAAGAGGAAGAGGUGCCAGGUUUGCAAGCCAUCUGAUGAUGUCAAAACGAGCAUGACUUGUGUGAAAUGUGCAAAAUAUAUUUGCACAAAGCACAGUCUGAUGACAUGUCCUUCGUGUGUUGUGUAGAUGACAAAACUAAAGCAUCUAGUUCAUUUACAUAUAUUCAUUUUUGUGGUAUUUCUGAUUGUAUUCAUUGCAUGUUUACUAUCACAACAUGAUGACAU